CGCGCUGAGGGCAGGGCUGAGGGCUCAGGUACGGCCGGAGCCCCGAGCGCUCCGUGCCCGCUGCCGCAGCCCCCCGGGGCUCGCCGGGGUCCCAGAGCCCUGAGCGCUGCCCGGCGCGGUCCGAGCGCUUUGCAGGCGUUCAGCCCUGGCGCCCCGCUGUUGAAUCCUCGUCCGGGAUCCUCGCUCCGCUGCUGGGGUCGUUUUAUAGGUGCUCUGUGAGGGUGGAGUGGACCUGGAAGGCUGCUGUGGCCAUCUUUACCAGGGUAAUAUUUCAUCUUUCUGGCGUUAAGGACUUUGAAAUAAUCCCACAGGAGGGUGAGAACAGAAGAGGGAAAGGAGGAGACUUUUUAUGAUACUGUGAGACAUUUUCCUGCUUACUCAUGCUUCCGAACUGUUGUGGUAUCUGGAAGAUGAAACCUUGGCUGCAGUUGAUGUUCUUCCCAUGUGCUUUCCUGAUCUGGCACACAGAAGCAGAGUUCUUUACCUCCAUAGGUCAAAUGACAGACCUGAUCUAUGCGGAGAAGGACUUGGUACAGUCUCUACAGGAAUAUAUCCGAGCAGAAGAGAAAAAGCUCUCUCAGAUUAAAAGCUGGGCUGAAAAAAUGGAUAUACUGACCAGCAAAUCAGCCUCUGACCCAGAAGGGUAUCUGGCACACCCUGUAAAUGCAUACAAGCUUGUGAAGCGUUUGAAUACUGACUGGCUGGAAUUGGAAAACCUGGUUCUUCAGGAUACAACAAAUGGCUUCAUUGCAAAUCUCACAAUCCAGCGUCAGUUUUUUCCAACUGAGGAAGAUGAGACCGGAGCAGCGAAGGCUCUGAUGCGCCUGCAGGACACCUACAAACUGGAUCCUGAAACCCUCUCUCGAGGGCACUUGCCAGGAACAAAAUACAGAUCCUUCCUGACAGUUGGUGACUGCUUUGGCAUGGGGAAGACAGCCUACAACGAUGGGGACUAUUACCACACUGUGCUCUGGAUGGAGCAGGCCCUAAAACAGCACGAUGAGGGAGAGGAUACAACAGUCAGCAAAGUAGAGAUCCUAGAUUAUCUCAGCUAUGCUGUUUUCCAGUUUGGGGAUUUGCACAGAGCCAUGGAGCUCACCAGGCGGCUGAUAUCCCUCGAUAGCACUCAUGAGAGAGCAGGCAGUAAUCUGCGAUACUUCGAGAAGCUGCUGGAGAAGGAAAGAGAGGAGAAGAAGGAAAAUUCAAUAAACAGGACUGUGACAACCACAGAAGCUGUGCAGAGUGGGGCCUAUGAGAGGCCUCUUGACUACCUGCCAGAGCGCGAUAUCUACGAGGCCCUUUGCCGAGGUGAAGGGGUGAAAAUGACACCUCGAAGACAAAAAAGGCUGUUUUGUAGGUACCAUGAUGGAAACAGGAACCCUCAUCUGCUCAUAGCUCCCUUUAAGGAAGAAGAUGAAUGGGACAGUCCUCAUAUUGUGCGAUACUAUGAUGUCAUGUCUGAUGAAGAAAUUGAGAAAAUUAAACAACUGGCUAAGCCAAGGCUGGCACGAGCCACAGUACGUGAUCCCAAAACCGGUGUCCUUACAGUGGCUAGCUACAGGGUAUCCAAGAGCUCGUGGUUGGAGGAAGAUGAUGAUCCUGUUGUGGCCAAGGUGAACCAGCGAAUGCAGCAGAUCACAGGGUUAACAGUGAAAACAGCUGAGCUCUUGCAGGUUGCCAACUAUGGAAUGGGAGGGCAGUACGAGCCACACUUUGAUUUUUCUAGGAAAGAUGAGCCAGAUGCUUUCAAGCGGUUAGGGACUGGAAAUCGUGUGGCCACUUUUUUAAACUAUAUGAGUGAUGUGGAAGCUGGAGGAGCUACAGUUUUCCCAGAUUUUGGUGCAGCAAUAUGGCCCAAGAAGGGAACAGCAGUGUUUUGGUACAAUCUCUUCAGAAGUGGUGAGGGGGAUUACAGAACAAGACAUGCAGCUUGUCCAGUACUAGUAGGAUGUAAAUGGGUUUCAAACAAAUGGUUUCAUGAAAGAGGAAAUGAAUUCUUAAGACCUUGUGGGAGAACAGAGGUUGACUGAACUCCAGCCUGCUGCAGACCUUUGUUUCUGUCUCCUUUUCUACUGUUGUUUGUUCCAGUUCAUUUCUAAGAAAUGAUCCAUCUUUUUCUCCAAGAGUCCUGGCACUUUACUACAAUAGAACAAUAAAAUCUGUAACACCUGUGAAAGAAAGUAAAUGGCAUUGUACACA